UUUCAGGUUAAGAUUUUAAAAGCUGUGCAGUUCUAAUAGCAGAGGUUCAAAUACACCCAAUUAAAAUUGUAAUUUUCUCGAAUUACGCAGUUGUGGUUUGAGCAAAUGCAUGGACCUAUUUCAAAAGACCCAGUAGCGGUGUAUCUUCUGAAGUUUAGCCCAUUAGCACGUUUGACGAUUGUAAUUUGUGGAGCUGUGUUGAUACAUCUGUCUCUAGGAACAUAUCAUACUUUCGGAAAUAUGCUACCAUAUAUGGCAUCAUAUAUGCGUAAUAAUACAGAUCCGACAAUUACUCCCGAAAUGUUGGUUUGGAUACCUACUUUUCAGGGUUGUUUUCCUUUCGCGAUGGUCAUUGGCGGUUUCAUGGAUGCUAAAUUUGGCUUGAGGCUUUCCGCAUCUUUAGGAUGUGCUACUAUGACUGCUGGUGUUUUUUUAUCUUACUGGACGAUUAGGCGAUCAUUUAUAACAUUUCUGAUGACGUAUGGAAUAAUGUUUGGAUUUGGACAAGGAAUAGCUUAUGUUCUUACCGUUUCAUGUGUCAUAAAUUGGGCUCCAAAACAUGUUGGAUUUGUAUGUGGUAUUGUAGCAGCUGGUUUCGGUAUCAGUUCAUCUAUAUUCACUCCACUUCAAACUAUCUAUCUUAAUCCCUUGAACCGUAAACCGACUGUUUUUGCUUAUUUCACAGACAGAGACGUCGUUGCUCGAGUACCAUCAAUAUUUUAUACUUUUGCAAUCGUCUAUGGAAUUAUGCAGGCUCUUGGUCUGAUAGUUAUUUGUGAUCCCAUUGAUGUGGAUGAACAAUCGGAAGCACUCCAAAUACAGAUUUCAGCGUCAAUAUGGAAUUGCUUUAAUGUUUUUGAAAGUAAAUUUACUUCGCUUUCUGGUAAUAUGAAGCAAUACGCUUAUUCAAUAUUACGGACGUUCAGUCAGGAAUCCAUAAGGGAAUCGCUGGAUGAAGAAACGGUCAAUUUAUCCCAUGAACAGAUAUCAUUGAGUCCAUUACAAAUGUUGCAAAGUUCAACCUUUUAUUGGCUGUUUUGUGCUCUCUUCUGUUGCUCAUUUUAUGGAAAUAUGUUCUACAAUCUCUAUAAGGCAUUUGGGGAAACAUUCAUUGAUGAUGAUAUAUUUCUUGCUUAUGCAUAUAGUAUAGCUUCAAUAUGUAAUGCUUUGGCUCGUAUAGGAUGGGGUAUUCUUGCCGAUCGUACCAGUUUUCAGGUAUCCUUAUCCAUUGCUACUUUUCUGGCUACUAUGUUACUGCUAACAAUGCCACUUACUCCAGCUGGUGGAAAAUGGAUCUACUUUAUCUGGAUGGUUCUCAUGUUUAUAUGUCUAGCGGCUACUCAUGCUCUUUUUAUAACAGCAUCCGUUAAGUGCUUCGGAUCCAGUCACAAAUCGACCAAUUAUGGAUGUUUAAUUCUUUCUACGACACUGGGUGCAAUACUAUUAGCAGUCGGUUGUGAAUAUGUUUUAACAGUUGUUGGAUAUACGUUCUCCUUCCUUGUAACAGCUGUUUUGGCUUUCAUCGGUACAGUUUGUUAAUUUCGUCAUAAAUUUAUACUCCAAAAUACCUUUUGAACGGUGAGAAAGAGUUUUGGAGUAUGCUUGGUUUGAUAAAUAAAGUUUCACUGAAAAUGAGGUGCCGUGCGGUUGCGUAAACGAUCUUCUUAUGACGCCUAAAUAAUAUUCUAGUGAGGCAAAG